CGCUACUCUUGGGAUUCUGCAAGACCCCUCCAGGGCCCUCUGGGAGGAGAGGGCGGGGCACCGAAAUUAUCGGGUCUGCACAGGCGACCGGAGGGAGGGCGAGGGGACUGUGGAAGACAGGCCUCGACUCUCCUGACCCUCCCCUUCCCCCGCCGCGGCCACCCCUUUCCGCAGCGGCCCUGCUGGCAUCCCGGGGCUCCGAAGAACUGCUGUGCUUCACCCAGCGCUUGGAAGACUUGGUGUGUUUCUGGGAGGAAGCGGCGAGCUCCGGGAUGGGCUUCAACUACACGUUCUCUUACCAGCUUGAGGGUGAGUCACGAAAGUCAUGUCGCCUGCACCAGGCGCCCACCGUCCGCGGCUCCGUGCGCUUCUGGUGCUCGCUGCCCACCGCAGACACGUCGAGCUUCGUGCCGCUGGAGCUGCGCGUGACGGCGGCCUCGGGGUCGCCUCGCUACCAUCGCACCAUCCAUAUCAAUGAAGUAGUGCUCCUGGACGCCCCCGCCGGGCUGCUGGCGCGCCGGGCGGAGGAGGGCAGCCACGUGGUGCUGCGCUGGCUGCCACCCCCCGGGGCACCCAUGACCACCCACAUCCGCUACGAGGUGGACGUGUCGGCAGGCAACCGGGCAGGGGGCACGCAAAGGGUGGAGGUUCUGGAAGGACGCACCGAGUGUGUCCUGAGCAACCUGCGGGGCGGGACGCGCUACACCUUCGCUGUUCGAGCGCGCAUGGCCGAGCCCAGCUUUAGCGGAUUCUGGAGCGCCUGGUCUGAGCCCGCGUCGCUGCUGACCGCGAGCGACCUGGACCCUCUCAUCCUGACGCUGUCUCUCAUCCUCGUCCUCAUCUCGCUGUUGCUGGCAGUGCUGGCCCUGCUGUCCCACCGCCGGACUCUGCAGCAGAAGAUCUGGCCUGGCAUCCCAAGCCCAGAGAGCGAGUUCGAGGGUCUCUUCACCACCCACAAGGGUAACUUCCAGCUAUGGCUGCUGCAGCACGAUGGCUGUCUGUGGUGGAGCCCAAGCAGCGCCUUCCCCGAGGACCCGCCUGCCCACCUGGAAGUCCUCUCAGAGCGCCCAUGGGGAGCAACACAGGCUGGGGACUCUGGGCCAGGUGACGAAGGACCCUUCCUGGAGCCGGUGGGCACUGAGCACGCCCAGGACACCUACCUGGUUCUGGAUGAGUGGUUGCUGCCUCGGAGCCCAGGCGGUGAGAACCUCUCAGGGUCUGGGGACAGUGUGGACCCAGCGACUCUGGAUGAAGGCUCAGAAACGUCCUCCUGCCCCUCCGACUUGGCCUCAAAGCCCAGGCCAGAGGGCACCUCGCCUUCCAGCUUCGAGUAUACCAUCCUAGACCCCAGCUCUCAGCUCCUGUGCCCACGGGCACUGCCUCCUGAGCCACCUCCCACUCCACCUCACCUGAAGUACCUGUACCUCGUGUCUGAUUCGGGUAUCUCGACAGAUUACAGUUCCGGGGGUUCCCAGGGAGUCCAUGGGGACUCAUCUGGUGGCCCCUACUCCCACCCCUAUGAGAACAGCCUUGUCUCAGACCCAGAGCCUCUGCGCUGCAGUUACGUGGCCUGCUCCUAGGACUCUAAGCCCACAACUUCUUGAACAGGAUUGGUGAGGCCAUACUUAAAGUCACUGCUGACCUCGGCCCUUUGCCCAGGGAGCGACAAGACUUGCAACGACUGUAUAUAGAAAUAUAUGUAUCGAUUUUUCUACUGUGA